AUGAGCAGCGACAACCGACGCUACGGGUCUGUUUCGAGAGGAUCGCUUACCUGCAAUGGGUUGAAGCCAUGUAACACAUGUGUCAAGCGGAACCUGGAGUGCCUGUACACACCAUCCGGCCUGGAACAAGGCGGAUCCCAAGAAUCCCUCGGGUCGCCGAGUAAGCGUCGACAUGUUGAUGGUUCGCCAAGCAUGUUGAAACCUAUUCUCGAAUCCAACCAGAUCGCCACGGCACACACCACACCAUCCCUUGCGCCGUGGAGACCUGCUGACAGGCCGGCAAUGGGACUCGCAGAGGCGGAGUCACUCGAGUCGGACCAAAAGAAACCCAUGGGGAUGUCUCGCACUUUUCUCAGUAGCAUUGAUCGCGAUUUCGAUUCCCGCUCUCGGAUAAGCAAUGCUAGCGGAACCGCAGACGAAGCAGAGCUUGUAUCCCUACCGAGAAUGCUGAUGGACAUGACGGGAAGGCUACUAUACGUUGGCGACUCUGCUAGCCUGUCAUACUUGCAGCUGAUUCGCAUGAUUGUGGAGAGCGUCUCUGGCCCGUCCGAGUUUACCGUCGAUCCCCAAAGGCACAAUAUACUCGAAAAUACCAUCCUGCUCCCGCGGGAUACGAGGCCGACCGGGGUGCUCCCAGAUAAGAAAACAGCCGAUAUACUAGUAGAGUCUUUCUUUACGAACACAUCGGGACUCAUCGAGGUGUUCAAUAAGAGCGAGUUUCUCCAGUCGGUGGAAGAAUGCUACAACGAACCCCUUAGCAUUGGCCAACCGCUGUUAUGCGUGUUGAAUUUAGUUUUCGCCAUUGGCCUCGUCAUCGCCCGCCCGCCGGAGGGAACUGACGACGCGGCCGUGGUUCAAAAUUUGCAUUCCGAACCCAUCAGCCGUGCUGAGCUUUUCUACCAGAAUGCUAAGAGCAUACAUGACCCGGUAUCGGGUUUUGAGGAUGGAGACUUUUGGUCGAUCCAGGCACUUCUUCUAAUGUCGCUCUACAUGCUAUCGGUGUCUAAGAGAAAUGCGGCAUAUGCUUACUAUGGAAUGGCGGUACGAUCCGCGUUUGCCUUGGGGUUACAUAGGGAGGAGAGCAUGGUGAUAUUCAGCGAGCCUGAACGCCAGACCCGGAGGAAUGUGUGGAGGACUCUCUUCAUCCUCGACCGCUUCCUUUCGGCGUGCCUCGGCCGCCCCACGGCCAUCUCAGAGGAAGACUGCUCCGAGCAUGCGCUAGAAUCCCCCAAGAUGAUGGGAGUGGAGGAAACCGUGAUCGGCGGCGCGUCAACGGAAACAAGCUCAGUGGCACUAGACGCCGCUGUCAGAAGCUGCUUUUUGAUCGGGUCGACUCUUAAGAAGGUCUACUCGAAACGAAGAGUCUCGACUCUAGUCGCACAGGAAAUCGCCGAUCACCUGGAACAUUGGGAGCGGGAAUUGCAUCACGACUUGCGUUGUCAACGGAUCGUUGACGAACCCAUCGACUCGGCACAAGCGAUUGCUAUACUCCACGUUAAUCUCCUUCAUUGUCAUUCCGUCUUGCUUCUCACGAGACCCUUCUUCCUAUUCCUCCUCAAGAUGGGUUGUGACGACUUGUCAGGCAAUCCUCGAAAGCCGCACAAUUUCAGCCAAAGAUUAGAGAAGUUCUCUCAGGCCUGCGUCGAAACCUCGCAAAGAACCAUCAUCUUGGUAGCCCGCGCAUUAAAUGCUGCAUAUCUACCUCAGUGCAAUCCCUUCGUUAUAUACUUCGUCUUCUCGGCAGCGCUCAUAAUCCUGAGCAACGAAUUCGCCUCGCUUUACCACAAUCCCGACGCGGAGAAUUCGAUCCGCAGCGCGUUAUCGAUAUUAAAUUACUGCGGGCAAAGGGACGCACAGGCUAAGCGAGUUUCGUAUAUUAUCGAAACCUUCCACAACGCGAAUAUUCAGAGGUCCUCGACAGCCAAGAAGAUAUCUCUACCUGGCCGCAAAAUACCUACCGUAUCCACGUUGUUGCAGACGUUCCAGCACGACCCGAUUUCCCACUUCUUCCAUCGCGUGAAACCUGACCGGCAAGACCUGUACGUAGUCGACACAUCGAUGAUCAAGGACCGGGCGAUGGCCAACAUGACGACGGUGGCGCCGGACCCCUCGAUGCGCUCUAUGAUGUCACAAACACUGCAACAGCCGAGCCCCGAGGGAAGCGCGUCGCUGAACAGCGGCGUCGCGACGGCAGGGGGCAUUGUACCCGGGGUUGAUCCCCUCAGUGGUAACGACUCCGAGAUUGACUUCGAUACGUUAUGGCACGGGUGGCCCGGGCCGGGGGUGGCGGGUCCGGGGGUACCCGUCACCGGCAUUAGCAUCGCACCUCUGAUGCAGUCGGCGGACAGCUUCAGCCCAUAUGGGCUACAGCAAGCACCACCACUGCCGCCCCCAGUGCCACCCCCGGUGAGCAGCCUCAACGCUAACGUGCCACCGCCGUCACAGUAUCCGCAUUCGGGGUUCAGAUGA